AUGACAAGCCAAGACCUCAAAAAGAAGCAGUAUCAAUCGCUAAUCAGAAGGCGAACAUCAAGUGCCUAUGGAACGAAGCCAGUUGACAACCUUUACAAGAAAACGGACAAAUUGCAGAAUCCUGCCGCCACACGUAAUUUUGACCCAAAUAUUGGUUCCAACAUCUCCAAACCCCAAGCCAAAACGCGACUGACCAAUUUAAGCAGUUUAUUACAGGACUCGAAAGGAGGGACCGUGCCGCAUAAACAAGGUGAUCCUGCACGAAAAAGAUUGGAUAGCUUGAACUCAAGAACAACAACAAUCAUAAAUAUUGACAAAGCUGAUAAUGAAGUAGACCAUACAGGUUCACACGGAUUAAGACACGGACUGACAGUAAGCAGCGAAAGCAGUGAAUGGGGGGGUCUGAGUCAUCAUGCGAUGGCCAGCCAUCGGUAUCACAACUCUCAUGAUUCAUUUUCAGACGACGCUGAUUCCCAUUUAUCACAUGAGAAUGGUUCAUUCAAAUCCCCUGACUCACAUUAUCAAGAGAAUUUCAAAAACUACAACUAUCAAGAGAAACUUGAAACGUCAUCAAAGAUUCGCGAGAGGCUCGACAACUUGACAGGUCGGGCAGAUCGACUACUCAAACAGAGAAAUGUUGAACAAAUUGAACCUCGAUCAAGGAGGAGCUUAAUCUCUCACGACUCAGACGCAAGCGAUGUUUCUCCUAUAAAACCUCAUGAGGCAUCGAUAUCUAGCAAGAAGCAAUCACAUUCUCACCCACGCUCGAGAUCUUCAUCCCCAAUACUCAUUCCUGAUCCUAGCUCCUCGAAAUCGCCAUCACCUGCACGAUCUGUUUCCCUGGAGCCUGAUUUCUCCAAAGUUCAAGACUGCGAUGGGAAAGAGCUAGAUGUGAAAGAGUGUGGGUUGAGUCUUUUCCCCAAAGUACGGCAUGCCUUGAAAUCUUUUCACUACCGUGACCAGAAAAUCUACAAGAGGACUCAUCGAAGAAUUCAUGAGAUAGCGGUUUCACUGAAUGGGCUAUACAUCUAUAUUGGUUGGAGACAUCCUUCACUUGACCUAGUACCAGUCAACAAAUUUGUCAUCAAUAUUGAUACUCAAUUAAAAGAUUUUUCCUUUGCAAAUGAGUCGUUCAUCAUUCAAUUGACCCUGGGACUGCGGUUCAUUAUAGCCUCUCAUUAUGGCAGAGAUGACGAAAUUCGACAGUAUUUUACAAGCCAUCCCAAUCCAAAGGUGAGGAUCAAUGGUACAUUGACUGAAGGAGCUAAAAAGAGGGUAGUGGAUAGAGCAAGCAAACGAUCAAACGCCACCUUCACGGAUCCAUUAGUAAACACUGCAUUUCGAAGACCACGAAGAAGCAUUCCCAAACCUGCAGAUAGAGCCGAUGAUGGCAUUGAGGUUUUGGGGAAUUACGAUAGCGAUGGGGAGAGGUUUGAGUUCUUUGACGACACAGAUUAUGACAAAUAUGAGCCCAUACCUGAUUUUGAACCAGAAUUGAGGUACAAAUACGACGAUGGGACCGAAAUUGUUGUAAAUGAAAGUGAUUUUAGAACCUUGCAUCGAAAUAAUUGGGUUGAUGAUGUUAUUAUUGACUUUGGAUUAAAGUAUAUUGUGCAAGAAGGAGUUAAAAAAGGGUUGGUAAAGCGGUCCGAGAUACAUUCAUUCAACUCUUUCUUUUUCACAAAGUUGAUAUCGGGUAGUUCAUCUCGAGGCACCCCUGAUUACUACAACAAUAUCAAGCGCUGGCUAGCAAAGAUCGAUUUGAUGAAGCUAAACUACCUCAUUAUACCUGUAAAUACGAGUCUGCAUUGGUAUUGCUGCAUUGUGAGGAAUCUUCCUGCGCUAUUGGAACUGGCGCAACGACGAAAAUCAGAUGACAAUGAGCCUAUUGAUAUUGAGGAUUUGGAGCUGGAAAAUCCAACCAACGGACCCAACCAGUAUGCGGAAAUUUUUGUACUAGAUUCUUUGGGAAGUAAAAGGUACAAUGUCAGUGUGCCUAUCAAAAGUUUCAUAAUUGAUUAUUGCAAGGAAAAACACAAUGUUGAGAUCAAUCGAGAUCAAAUCCGUUUCCAAUCAGCCAAAAUUCCUAGACAGAACAACUUCAACGAUUGUGGUGUCCAUGUGUUGUAUAAUAUCAGGAAAUGGCUCAACAAUAUAUCUGAAUGCGAGAGUUUUUUCAAGAAGCACCUGCAGACACAGGCGAGAGUGAUAUUCCCUGCAGAAGAAAGAAGGAAUGAGAGAAAGUAUUGGUUUAAUUUGUUACUAGAGUUACACAGGGCACAAAACGAUCCUCACGAAGAUGUCACGAGAGCAGAUACCGUCGCUAAAGAAGAAGAAGAGGAAGAUGAUGAUAUUGAAAUUGUGCAGGGAAGCUCUACUAGGGAGGCAAAAAGUGAUACGAAGGGUGCAUUGCUAAAGCGCAAGUAUGAUCAGUAUGGUGAGGGAAGCACAAUUCAUUGUGAGGAUCACAAAUCUAAAGAUACUUUCUCGAGUGAAAGUCUGGUUGAUUUGGAUAUUGAGGAGGUAGCAAAUGAUAACCAAAAAAGGAAUGCUCGGGGGAAGAAGGAAAAUAAGCAACCAGAUCAGGGACAUUUUGACGAUGAACAGUGUGAGGAGGCGAAUAGGAAGGUUUCCAUAAAAAGUCAGAUAAAACACCUGCCCCAAGAAAUCCACACUGAACUGCUGCUGGAUACUGCUUCGAAUGGUGAAGUGCACAAUCAAAUAGCAGCUGACACCAAAUUGAACCAAGAUGAUGUUGACGAAGCCACUAAUACUGAUUCUCAAGAAGACCCCCUGGUGGAAUCAUUAACCUUAAAGAACCUUGCAUUAAGAGAGCAGUUUAAAGAUUGUCAAUUAUACCCUGCCCUAUACCAGUUGUUGAAUCAAUACUAUCCUGAUGAAGAUAUGCCAAUUAAAGGUGUGCGAUUGAUUGUUGUCAAAAAACACAUUUCAAAAGCUAUUGACGACCCAACCAAGUUAAAGGAGUUGGAGACUUUACUUCGUCAGUAUGCGAGCCACUCAAGUAAUGAAGGGAAUCAAAGUGGGGAAAGUGCAGGAAGUGGAAUAAUGGCAACGUCAAGGAAGAAGCUUUCACGGAGCCCAAUUAGCACCAAUAGAAACGUCACAGACCGCAUAGAAAAUUUGCACAUUACAAACAACCAUUUUGAUAUUGAGAAAGAGGCAACCGUGACAGGUAAAUUGCCACCGCUACUGGAGUUUGAGGAGUGGAAACGGAAGAGGAAACAAACGUCGAAUCCGCAUAGCAAAGAGCUUGAUGGUUUUUCAAAGUAUGGUGGCAACCUAGUUACAAAAAACGUUUCGUCGGAAGCUGUUUCCAAAAGUGAUGCAGACCUUUUCAACGGAGGCGGUUGUGGUCAUCAUAGAUUUGAUAGUGGUGACCCAGGCAAAAGUGGGUUUGGGAAUAAACACCUAAACAAGGGCGAACAUGCUGAGUAUUACUUGAAGAAGAAAGCUGCGAGGGAUGUGGUAGAAGCAGAUGGAUAUGAUACGGCCGCACAUUCGAUUGGAGUAGCCUUACCUUCUGAUGAUAGUGACGUUAUUCUUGAUUACCCCCAUUCACCAUUCAAAAAGAGAAAGUUGAGUUGA